AUGAAUUACAUCAACAACAGCAGCACCCUCCCCUCCGUGCAAGCAAUGCGAGCCGUCUCCAAAGAAAGCGUCGACUCCCUCCCCACCCCCACCUCCUCUUCCCCCUCCUCCCCCUUCCCAUCCACAGUAGCAGGAGGACCAAUUGUCCACAUCGGCUGCUACACAGACCCCGACACCCACAAGGACUUCGUGCUCUGGGAGGAUAUCCUGUUGGCGUUCAAGAACGCGGUUCAUGUCCGCCUUGGGCUGGAACCCCGCAGGAUUGCUGCAGUCUCGGAUGCAGUUCUGGACAUUGUUAUCGAAGACCCUGUCACCCCUUCAGAGCCACCAUCACCAGCACCAUCAUCAAUGCAGGCGACAACUUCGCUAGGAACACCCCACAAUACCCAACAGGUCAUAUCACCACCACCCUCAAAAUUAUUGCUGGAAGAGUCCCAGGAGACACCCUCACCACCACUGCCGUCAAAGACGUUGGUGGAAGAAGUCCAGGAGACGUCUUUGAAAGUGGAGGUUGCCACUGGACCCAACUUGUCAUCAUCUGCUCCCAAGGAGGCGACAAAGCAUGAAGUCCAAGACUCCGGCACCAGGCCGACAGAGAUCACCCCACCAUCCACCGCCUCCACCAGGAGAGCCCCCCAAGCCCCACAAACUCCACAGGCGCCCCAGAAUCUGGCAGCAGCAUCUGCAACCACAGAGGUCACGCAAACAAUCCUCAACGCGAGUCUGGGCGACAAGGACGCGCAGGUGACUCUAGGAAACAUGUAUGCGCGAGGACAGGGGGUUGAUCAGGAUCAUGAAGCUGCCAUGGAUUGGUUCCGCAAGGCGGCGGAGAAGAACGAUCCUGUGGCACAGAAUAGGAUUGGAGACCUUUAUCGGUUGGGUCAUGGGGUGGAGCAGGAUUUUUCGGCGACUAUGGAGUGGUAUAGGAAGGCUGCAGGCCAAGAUGAUCCGACUGGGCAGUAUAACGUUGGGCAGUUGUAUGACUAUGCGCUUGGUGUUCCGCUGAAUUACACUCUGGCGAUGGAGUGGUAUGAAAAGGCCGCUGCCAAGGGAUACCCACCUGCACAGCACAGUAUCGGAGACUUGUACUCGUAUGGUCAAGGUGUCGGGCAGGAUUACGGCAAGGCAAUGGAAUGGUACACCAAGGCUGCCCAUCAAUGCCACGCAGAGGCAGAGUUCCGGAUUGGGACAAUGUUUGAGGAAGGUCAAGGAACGCCCAAGGACGAAUCCGUCGCGCUGGCAUGGUUCAAGAGGGCAGUCGAGCAUGGAACCACUAAUGGCUGGAACGUGUACGCCCAGGGAUAUAUCUAUUUCCGCGGACUCGGGGUGCCUCAGGAUUUCGCGGUGGCGUACGAGUGCUUUGUCAAGGCAGCGGAACAAGGCCACAUUCCUGCCCACAUCGAAGUCGGCAACAUGCACUAUAAGGGUAUUGGUGUCCCCGUCGACUACACCAAGGCAAUGGAUUACUUCCUCAAGGGCGCGUCUCAAGGGCGCGCCGACGCGCUGCAACAAGUCGGCGGGAUGUAUUACCACGGACAAGGAGUUCCCCAGGACUUUUCUGAGUCCUUCAAGUGGCUCUCCCAGGCUGCCCAGUACGACUUCUUACCAGCGAUGACAGAUAUUGGACUCCUCUACCGCAGCGGACUGGGCGUCGCCCAGGACUAUGACCAGGCAUUCUUCUGGCUCUCCAAGGCAGCGCAAGGAGGUCGCGCAAACGCCCAGCGGGAACUCGGAUUUAUGUACCACCGCGGUCUCGGCACACCUCAAGACCUCCAACUUGCAUUCGAAUGGUGCCUCAAAGCUGCCGACCAAGGCCACGCCGCCGCUCAAGCAGACAUCGGAACCAUGUACCACCACGGUCGCGGCACGGCCCAAGACCUCCCAAAGGCCAUCGAAUACCUCCUAAAAGCCGUCGACCAGAACCUACCCGUAGCUCAACAAGAACUUGGCGCGAUGCUCUUCAUCGGAGAGGGCUUCCCCGCCAAUCAAUCGGUAGCCUUCGAACUAAUCCUGAAAGCCGCUGAACAAAGCCACGCCGAGGCGCAGUCCAACAUCGGAGUGAUGUACAGUACGGGCCAGGGCACCUUCCAGAACCACAUCAAGGCUGUAGAGUGGUGGAGGAAGGCUGCAGAGCAGGGCCAUGCGCCUGCUCAGUUUGAGCUGGGAUUGGCGUAUUUGGGGGGAAAGGGUGUUGCGGUUAGUGUUGCGGGUGCUAGGGAGUUGUUCGCUCUUGCAGCAGCGCAAGGGCAUGAGGAGGCGAAGGCUUAUUUGGAGUACAUUCAGAACAAUAACCUUGAGCAGUGA